UCCACUGCGAGAAACAAGACAACCACCGCUCUUCGCCUUCUUGACCGCCAUUAUCCUCCAACAUAUGAACUAAAUUUCACUUGGCUAGAAUCCCCCAAAUCCUACGAAUACAACCCCGCCCCCUCCCCUCUUCAAAACACAAGCCAAAAAUCCAAAUUAACCGCUGCAACCUCCCUGCCCAAACCCUAACCACAGGCGCUGUCUUCCUCCUCUUUGCUACGGAAAAUGCUUUCUGGGGUUAGGAUUGUACCUCGUGAUCAGAUUGAUAAGGAAGAAGAUGAGAUCUCAGACGCGAAGAAGAAAAAGUAUGGUAGUAAAAAGGAAAAGCAUAAAAGGAAAAAGAAAAGUUCAGGGUAUAGUGGUUCUUCUGACGAUGAUCUUGAGAGAAUAGGAAAAGGGUCUAGAAGAAAUAAGAAGUGGUAUUCAUCUGAGGAGUAUUCGGACAAAAGCGAGAGCGAAGGGAGUUCUGAUUCAGAUGAAAAGAGGCAUAGGAAGAGGAGAAAGGAUAAGAGGGUUAGAAAUGAUAGUUCAGGUGAUGAACUCAGCGGUAGGUCUAAGAAACGAUCAAGGCGUAAAAAGAAACGAUAUUCUCCUGCAUCAGAGGAAUAUUCAUCCGAAGAAGAGGAUCAAAGACGAAAUUCAGGAGUCGGAAAGAAAAAGGAUGAUGGUAGAGAAUAUUCUUCUUUGAAAGAGAAUGAGAUUGAAAGGAAAGAAAUUGGAUUAGAGUGGAUGCUUAAACCUGCAUGUAAGCCUGAUAAGAAUCCUUCAGUGCCUGUUGAACAACUUGAGGAGCCUCCUACUAAGGAGAUAAAGACAACACAUCCUAGAGAGUUGAAUCCAUAUCUGAAAGAUAAUGGAACUGGUUAUCCAGAGGAAGCAGAUGAAAAGAGAGCUUCUGUAGACAGGCUUUUAUCUUCUUCGGUUGUAGGGGAUGGAGGUGCUAGUUGGAGACUUAAAUCUUUGAAGCGUGCAGAAGAGCAAGCUGCUCGAGAAGGACGAAGCAUUGAGGAGGUUGUACUAGAACGUUGGGGUUCUCUUGAUAUAUUGGCCGAGUAUGGAAAAUCUCGUAGAGCUGCUGCACCUCGAGCCCAUCUUCAUGCCAUAAGAAAUAGAAAGCAGGGCCCAGACGAUGAGAAGCAAAAUGUUGCAGACAAUCAAAGUGAAAGAAAUUCUAAAAGGAACACUAAUCGAGACUAUCUGCGGGAUGUAUCUCUUCGACAUUCUGAGAUGAGGGCCCCAAAAGUCCGUGAUUCAUUAUCCUGGGGAAAACGAAAACAUCAUGAUAGUCCUGCUAAAAAUGCUGUUGCUACAUCAACUGCAAAUAAGUUUACCGAUGAUGGAAAUUUCAUGCAAGAAUUUCUUCGUAAGCAGAGGAAUGAUACUAUUGCAUCUGGUUCACAUGCAAAUGAUGAUGGAAAUGUGGAUUCCAAAGUUAUAGCAUCAGAGACAAAAGAACGUUGUGAAGCUACUACAAUUUCAAAGGAAACUUUGAGCAUAAAUCAAUUGGCAGCUAAGGCUUUGCAGCUUCAGUUGAAGGGAAAGCAUGAAGAAGCUGAGAAACUUCUGCUGGAAGUUGAGAACUUGAAGGCUAAGCAGAGCACUGGAGAUCAUGCCACUAUGCAGCAGAAUGUUGACAACAGAAGCAGAUUUGUAGUUCAUGAUGUAUCGGUUAGGAAAGGGAAGGAUGAUGAUGAUUCCGAUAGGCAUCUAGCCCAAAGAAUAAUGCAGAACAAAAAAUUCAGUUUAUCUGGUCAGGCAGAUGAUGAAUACGACUAUGAAGAUGGUCCAAGCAGGAAAUCCCAAAAGAAGGGCAGGGAAAGCAAUCAGAAGGUCUCUGGAAACAAUCAUUUGGCUAGACGUAUAUUGACUCAGCAAGAGCGCUGUCUGUUCUGCUUUGAGAACCCCAACAGACCAAAGCAUCUUGUUGUUGCUAUAGCAAAUUUCACAUACUUGAUGCUGCCACAGUGGCAGCCUGUUGUGCCAGGUCACUGCUGCAUCUUACCAAUGCAGCAUGAGUCGGCCACGAGAACAAUCGACAACAAUGUGUGGGAUGAAAUUCGCAACUUCAAGAAAUGCUUAAUUAUGAUGUUUGCCAAGCAAGACAAGGAGAUGGUUUUCCUAGAAACUGUUAUGGGAUUGGCACAACAGCGUCGUCAUUGUACGAUUGAAUGCAUUCCGGUGCCACGGGAAAUUGCAAAGCAGGCUCCUGUGUAUUUUAAAAAGGCAAUUGAUGAAGCUGAAGAUGAGUGGAGCCAGCACAACGCAAAGAAGCUGAUAGACACGAGUGAGAAGGGAUUGCGCGGUUCGAUCCCGAAAAAUUUUCCCUACUUCCAUGUGGAAUUUGGUCUAAACAAAGGGUUUGUUCAUGUUAUCGACGAUGAGAGCCAGUUCAAGAGUAGCCUUGGCCUCAACGUUAUAAGAGGGAUGCUACAAUUGGCAGAGGAGGACAUGUACCGGCGCCGGAGGCACCAAUCUGUGGAGGAGCAGAAGCAGGCCGUUGCGAAUUUCACUCGCGACUGGGAACCUUUUGACUGGACAAAACAACUCGACUAGAUUGAAAACUCGACCAUGUGUAUUUACGUUGUGUUU